CUAGUCGGCCAUUUUGAACAUUCUCAUUUCGCCUUUGGCCUUUCGCAGUUUGGUGGUCGUGUUGGUUGAAGCUUUGAGUAUCGUGGCGUGUGGAGUUUUUAUCAAUUUUUAUUUUUUUUCGCCAUUAGUUUUUAAGUAAUAUUUUCUUUCUCGAUUGUAAUGCAUAAAUGUGAUAAAUAUGUACGCGUAUUGUGUUAAUAUUAACGUUUUUAGUGUAAUUAGUCAAUUGUAAUCGUUCAUUAUGUGCGGGUUUUCGUGAUAUUUCGUAUAACUGAAACUAGUUGUCCGACGAUGGAGCUGAAAUUGCAUAGCCCUGUCGGGGCUGAACCUGUUGUUUAUCAUUGGCCAUUGGUCAUUGGAAGAGGAUCUGAUAAACACGAUGGUGUGUUGGAAAUCGUCGAAACUAUGAGAUGGGUAUGCGAAGACUUCCCCGACUUGAAACUGCCACUAGAAAACAACAUUUUGAACAACUACGAUACGAAAAGCUACGAGAGUAUGAAGUCACUAUGCGAUAGAUUCAAUCGAGCCAUCGAUAGUAUGCUGCAGAUGUCGAAAGGCACGUCGUUACAAAGGCUAAGCAAACAUCCGUCGCGAGGAUUACUCAGACAUAUUCUGGCGCAAGUUUACAACUCAGCAGUCACCGAUCCUGAUAGAUUGAAUCAAUACGAGCCCUUUUCGCCGGAGGUGUACGGAGAAACGUCGUACGAUUUGAUCUGCCAGAUGAUCGACCAGAUAAACAUCACCAAAGAAGACGUGUUCAUCGAUUUAGGAUCGGGCGUAGGUCAGGUGGUACUUCAAAUGGCAGCAGCUACGCCCUGUAAAUUUUGCUGGGGUGUUGAGAAAGCAGAUAUUCCAUCGAGAUACGCCGAAGAUAUGAAUGUGAAUUUCAAGAAAUGGAUGGGAUGGUACGGUAAAGUGCACGGCGAAUAUAAGCUAAUGAAAGGCGAUUUUUUCGAACCCGAGCACCGAGAUAAGAUCACCAACGCUACGAUCGUAUUCGUGAAUAAUUUUGCAUUUGGGCCUACGGUUGAUCACAUGUUGAAGGAGAGGUUCGCCGAUUUGAAAGAUGGCGCCAGGAUUGUAUCGUCUAAAUCGUUCUGCCCGUUGAAUUUCCGAAUAACCGAUCGUAAUCUGAGCGAUAUCGGUACAAUUAUGCACGUGACGGAAAUGGCUCCGUUGAAAGGAUCCGUCUCGUGGACUGGCAAACCGGUAUCGUACUAUUUGCAUGUCAUCGAUCGCACAAAGCUUGAACGGUAUUUCCAAAAAUGCAAGAAUCCCAGAACGAAGGUGAACGGAAUCCUGAACGGUAAGACGGGAGUAAGCAACGGAGUACACGUCGAAGGCGGCGGCAGAACUACACGUGAACGUACUCGAAGGCAGCAGCAACGUUUGCAGCAGCAGCAGCAACAACAACAACAGCAGCAAGAGGCUCAACAACUAGAUCAAAACGGCCAGUCACCUACUGAGAGUCCGCCGGACGAAGAAGGAGGCGAUCAGCAAUCGGCCCAGCAACAGCAGCAGCCAUCGCAGAAUGCUCCUGCCAAUGCUAACAACUCGAUCGGAAGCGAUAGCAAUAACAACACUCAUAACAGUAAUAACAAUAGUAUCUCUGGAGGGUUCACUUCGACCAGCGAAGACUCUGAGAACGACUCGUCAUCGGAAAACGAGUCCACGCCGCCUCGCGUGACCACCAGACGAGCCUGGUCUGAUUAUUGCUCGAAUUCGAACUCGAUUCGAGGACGAUCUAGUCAUUCGGAAGAGGAUAGUUGUAAUCCAAGAAAAGCUCAGCUCAAGAAAAGAUUAAAGAGAAGGAAUUUGAGAACGACGACGCAGUCAUUUAAUAAUUCUUCGCUGAAUAACUCGGAGAAUUCGAAUAUGUCUCAAGGUAAUUCGCGACAGUCCAGGGCUCGAAAGGCCAAAGGCAAAAUAGCCCGUAAGAAGCCCAAGAAAACCAUACGUAUCAACGGGCUCGAUUUGCUGCAUAGUCAAACGCUGCUCAGCACAUCGCCUCAAGCCAUUGGUAAGAAAUUACCUCCUCCUCCGGGCUGCGUUGACCAGCAAUUCACGUCUUUGACAGCGGUAGCCGCUGCCACCGUUCCAUUGCAUAGCGAAUUGCCUCCAGCCAAAGGAGAUACUCCUUACGCGUUGCAAGUUCUGCUCGAUUUAUACAGAGAACAAUUUUUGGCCAUGGUUGAUUUCAUGAAGACGGACAAAUUCAGGCAGAACAUCGAGGCUCAAAUAGCCGCCGAAAGGGAACGUAAUCAGAGAUUGAAUUCGAGAACGGAGCAGCUCGAUAAGCAAAUCAAUCUGUUGAUUGAGGACAGCGUAGGUCUGCUUAAGACUAGAAUGACUGAGCUGGGUAUUAAUUCCGGAUACUAUACUAAGGAUUUGCUCGGUAAAGCGAAAGAAAUCAUUUUCCGACAUCGUGAACUCCAAGCUAAGGCGUUGAAAUUGCAGUCGAAGGUGGCCUCACUCGAAGACAAACACGUCAAACUGGUAGAUAAGUGCAAACAAGAAGAAGCAGUGGUAGCAGCCUCUGCUGCCGCAGCCGCUGCCGCCGCCGCCGCCGCUGUGGCUGUCAAGCCAAUAGCCUCAUCGGCAGCUUCAGUGAACGUGAUGCCAACGACGGCUAUCUCGACGGCAAUUUCAACUCCGGCUCCGGUAACGACGACGUCGAGUAACGCCAACAAGAUGAAUAACGGUCAUCAAGACCACGAAGAAAUGACCGACAAUAUUCUUAAAGAGAUCCAAGUCACCCUCGAAGAACGUAAAAGGCUGCAGAAUCGUGUAUCGAAGUACGAAAAAGGUAUUCAAGACUUGGUCGACCAUCGAGCACCUCAGAUGCAAAAUGCAAAUGGUAAAAUAACGUCAGAAAUGAGGAAUCCGAUCCCACCUUCAGCUACAGCGACGACUCCAGGCACCUACCCAGGUCACCAUAACAGCAGCAGCAACAACAGCAGUAGUAGUAGUGGCAAGCAUCACAGCAGUAGCGGUAGCAGCGGUGGUCGUAAAUCACGCGGCGAGCUGCGUAGUAAAAAUCAAGAAUGGCCGGAAAUUCCGGAUAUCGAAAAAAUCGACGAAAAGAAUCCGGAAAUCUUAGCCAUGAAGAUAUUAGAAAGCGGUCGACAAAUCGAGGCGAAUAAGAUGAAGUACAACAUGGAAUCUUCGUCAUCGGUACCGCGCUCCCAUUCCGGCCGCAACGUUAUGAAGGUUCCGGCCGCAGAUCGAAGUUACCCGGCGACAGCCGCAGCUAAAGCUACGCCGACAUCAAUGUACCCCGCAGCAUCGACCGGUGGCAGCGCAUCUUCGGCGGCCAGCUCAGAAGGAGCGCUCAAAGUAGCCAUGUUCGAAGACAGAAUCAAAAAUAUCAUAACGAGCGCGCUCAACGAAGAUACGAAAAACGCCGGCAGCGCCGCAGCAGGUGUCGGAAUCGCCUCGUCGUAUCGAAAUCAAGACACGUGGCCCGGUGCGAAUAAAUCGGCAUCGGCUAUGAUGGCCGCAGCGGCCGGAGGUUUCGACCCGAACUGCGUCAACGACCUGAAAGGCAACGCUCCCACCAUCUCGAUACCGGAUUAUACUCAAGUAUCGCCGGCCAAAUUGGCCUUAAGAAGGCAUCUGAGUCAAGAAAAAAUUGCGCCAGUUGGCGCUCCUCUUCCUAACGCUAUGCAGCAACAGCAGCAACAACAACAGCAACAGCAGCAACAACCGUCCAAUUUCAUCGGUACUCGAACCAUAGGCGACUUGGUCAGCAGCGAGAUCGAACGAUCGUUCAAUAAAGUUGUACCGAUUUGUGUGAAUAACUCGACGUCUACGCCGGCGGCGUCCAGCGGGGCUGAAAGCCUCAUUCAAAAGAACCUAGUAGCGUACUCGUCGGCGGCCACCAAACAAGAAAAUACGUACACGAGUCAGUAUCCAAGCGGUGGAGGCAGCUCGGCCAAAAAUUCGAGAUCGUCUGUUCUAUAUUCCACCUCGAAUUCUCAGAAAUCUGUUCCCUACGCUAAGUACCCCAACGUGGCUUUACCUAGAACCGAAAUGAAACCGUACCACGAGUCGUACUUCACCGAUAUGAAACCUCCUACCAAAGAAGAACCUGUUGAAGGGUUGGCAGCAUCGCUCCAAGACCGAAUUUUCAACGGGUUCGGUUCGAACGGCGCUCCCUCGAACGCACCCAACGACGAGCAAGAUUACCGUAGCCGAAAUUCAUCGAACGCUUCGAGCCCAGCGAUGGGCUCAUCGCAACAGUUACCAACGAAUAUGGCUUACGAAAUAAAAACCGAACCCGGUAUCCACCUUAAUAAAAGAUCCAGCUCGCCUAAUACGCUGAAUAAAUUGCCAUUCAAAAAGCAAUGCACGUCGAACGACUAUAACGAAGGAGCUAGUGACAAGUGGCAAGAGGUGAGUCGCGGCUUCGAUCGUAUGAUAGAAUUCGUCUCGACCGAGCUAGACAAACAGCAGCAAAAAGACCACCGUCAUCACUCGAUCAUCGAGAGUGAGGCCGGUAAAUGCGUCCUGAACAUGGUACCGACGGGCCCCAGCAGCGAUACGUUGCUGAUUGGAGGUGGCGCCGGCGGAGGAAUCAGCUGUAACACGAGUCCGGACAGCGGUGUAGACUUGAGUAGCGAGCCAGGGUGCUCGAAUCCGCCACCUUCUUUGCGCCGGGCAGAUUCGCCUCCGGUGCUGGACGGUCCGCCAAGAACGCCUUCGCCGUGCUCGCCCAGUCCGCCAGUGUUACCAUAUAGUCCGGCUCCGUUGGACGGUCCGUACAGUCCGGUACCGUCUUCGAGUCCGCCUCCGGCGUUGCAGCCGUCGACUACCGAUAUCAACGCCAAGUACCAGCGCGAGGAUAGACAUUUCAAGAAGAAGUUUUUCCAUCAUAAUAAAGGCAAAUUCCGUCCCAAAGGUAAAGGCUGGGAGUGGCAGAGGAUGACCGAGACCGAGUGGUAUUGAGCGCACAUUCCAGAUGAGCGUUUCGUUUUGAUCGACGAUCGACGUGUUAGUACGUUCUAGACUAGUAGAUUUAUCAUUUUUUUUUCUUUUUACAUAGAGUUACAUUUUUAUUUUUUCUGUUUUUGUUUCAUUUUUCCUUUUGUUUUCCGAUUUUCUUCCUUUUUUUCUGUCUAUACGACUGAUACUCUACGAGUACGUCGAUUUACUAUACUGUUGUCUAAGUAUAUUUUUCCCGACGAUUUUUAAGAUAAUGUGGUACAUCGCCGAAGGUGAUGGGUACGUUUGAACGCGAAAGGAGCUUUGGUCUUAGACCGAGGUGACUUUUCGAACGUGGUGUUUUUGGGAAUUUUUUAUACACUGUUUUUUCGUUUUGUUUUUCGUAAAUUUUGGUAUCUUAACGGUCUUUUUUUCAAGAUGUGCGGGGAAUCGACCGAUAAUACGGGGUUUAGACCGGAUUUAUUCCAACUUGAAAAUGAGGAUUUUUUGGAGAGCGGGGAAAUGUACUCGAAAUUUGGAGAUAUUUAAUAUUGCCAGGUUUCUAAAAUUCAAUUUUUUUUUGUUCGUUUGAAUGAAUCUUUUUUGGGUUUGAUUUGACUUGGAGUUGAAAAAAAAGACAGGUCUCGAAAAAUAAGUAUGUUCGUGAAAUUUCUAUGCUAUGAAUAGAAACGAAACGAAACUUAUCAAAAUGUUGACUCAAAUUUGAGGUUCAAUGAGCUGAAAGGGUCUUAAUUGAGAAACUGUCUCGAAUAGAUGUCUCAAGUUGAAAUAAAGAAAUCAGAAUCUGUUGUGCAGGUUUCAAAAAUGAUGUUUUUGGUGGAAAAAUUUCAAAUUUCCAACUUUUUGAAAAAUUAUAUUCGAAAUUUGAGUCAUACAUAUUUUUAUUUUUUAUUUCAAGAUCGUAUCUUUUUUUUAGCCCUAUCAACCCCCCCCCCUCUUCAAUCGUUUGAAAGGAAGAACGUAUCAUUUUCAUGAAAUAAAACCAGCCCCCCAUCCCUCCAUCCACUCUUGAUUGAAAACAAAUUACUCUAGAAAAUUAUUUUCGAAUGAUUCCUAAAAAAGAAGUCAUUUUCUGAGAUUUUUAGCAGUCUGAUAGGUCCUGAAAAUGUUCUGCAUUUCACAAAGUUUUGUUUAAAAUCGAAAAAAUAGCUAAAAAUUGCUGCAUUUGGCUGAAAAGUCUUGUACCUAGUUUUCAUCGAAAAACAAGAGUUGAUUAUUUUUUAUCUCAUUAUUGUUUAAAGUGAAAAAAAUUCAGAUUUUAUGCUUUAAAAAAAUGGUAAAAAUAUCAAUUUGUGAAACCAGUUCUGACUUGAGGGAGAAUAUCAUUCCCUUCUUCAGAAAAUAGGGGGAAAAUUAAUCAUUUCAAAAAAUAAUUAGUAUUGAGUUGAAAGGUUUCGAAUUCGAAAUUUUGGCCGAUUUUUGUAAGAAAGGGAUGAAAAAUUGUCUUGCAUUUUGAGAAAACGAACGAAAAUUGCCUUCACGAUUUUCUGUUCUGAAUGGAUCGUUCUCUUUUAGAAAGGAAUAUCUCGGAAGGCCUUUUUUUUUCGUUUUACGAAUUGGAAUACAUUUUUUUUCAAGUUAUUUCAAGUUUGAAAAAAAUUUGAAUUUUUUUUUAAUUUUUGGAAAAAUUGGAAACUUUUUUGUUUCUUUGGUAAAAUUGAAAAUUGUUUGAAAUUUUUGGAGAAAUGGAGGCUUUUUUCUUCCUCUUGGAUUCGUGUGCAGGUUUUUGAUUAAAUUAUUAAAUUUUGUAUUUCUUACAAAAUUUUCAUCUAUGUAUUUUUUUUUCAAAUUUUAAAUUUAAAAAAAAUAUAUUUGUCAACAGGUUUUUUCAAAAACCACAAGUUGGAAGCCAUCAAAAUUUCCAAAAUCAAUCAUCAUGUUUGGAAUUUUUUUUUCAAUCAAAGGUAAUCCUUCUUGGAGAAAAAAGCCAAAGCUCUGUAUUAUUGGUCGAUUCUCGCAUAUUUUUGUAAAAGGAAACAAACUAAUUCUCGACAUAUUCCGGACUAUUUUCGUUUCGCCCUCGUGUAAUGUAACCGUAUAACUUAUGACUUUCUGACGAUAGUGAAUUUAUGGUGAAUUUUUCGCUCCCCUUCAACAACAAUAAUGAAAGGGAAAAUCGCCUAAAUCAACUUCUUAGGCGUGAAUUUUCAAUCAAAAAAUGCUCUUUGAAAAAAAACCUAUGUUCUUUAUCUCGAUGAUUCGAUUUAUUUUUGUAAGAACGAUGUGUUCAUACGAUAAAAGAUGAGUACCUGGUUACUCGCUCACGCCAUUUUUGACGUAUUAUUUAAUAUAUUUUAUUAUAUUUGCCUUAAUGUGUGUAUUAUCUCCAUCUACCUACGUCGUUGAUUGGAGAACCCUCCUAAAGACAUGAAAAAAAAAAACUUCGGUAUCGAAUCAUCGGUCGUCAAAUACUAAUUUUGUGUUCAUAGUAAAGACUUUUCAUUCGUUAAGUGAGUAAGACGCGUGUAACUGUACGAGUAACACUAAUCUAUUAUGCUAAUGAGACUACGUACCUGCGAGUUAAUUGAAAAAAUUAAAAAAAAAUUGUGUUUGUAUAGUAAAGUAAUUUGUAAUGUACAAAAAAAGUACCUACCUAAUAUCUUAUGUAUUUAUUUAAAAAUUUUCGUGUACAAUACCUUGCUAAUUGAGAAGGUUAUUUUAAAUAAUAUCGAUAUAUGAAAAAAAAGAUCUCUACUACAAAAUUUUAGAAUUUUAAUGUAUAAAUUUUUAACGUUGUUUUUAGUACUCUUAAUACUGUACCUACGUGUUUUCUUCGCUGUUUUCUUUUUCCUCCACCCUGUAUCUUUCGUUUUUCUCCCCCUCCUUCUUUGUAUAAUUAUUAUUCUCUUUAUCUUGGCAUAUUUUAAAUUGAUAUUUUACGAAUGUACCUAUUUAUUUGAUUUUUUUUGUUUUUAAAUUGAAAAAAGACGUAACUUAUAUCGAUUGUUACGACGAGUAAUGCAAUUAAUUUUUAUUAUAAGCUUCGUUGUGUUCAAAGGGUUAGAUCCUGUAAUUUUUUCUAGACCGUUUCAUCUUUAUAGUAGGUUUAUUUAGAGGGAAGGGUGGGGAUUGGUACCGAUGCCGCGUUUAUUCAAGAACAAAAUUUCUUCGUUGCUCGAGAUGAAAAUCGAGGAGGGUUUUUUGGAAAAGGGAAUUGAAGAAAUAAGUAGCUAAAUGAUACUUUUGUUAGGGAAUUUAAAACUGAGGUGUGUUGAAGUAUGUGAGGAUGAUACAAGAUGUUGAUUGAUAGACUGAGGCCAUUUUAUUUUAAAAUCUCGUAUCGUGUGGCAAUUUUUCGAAUCAAUGUUCACCUUCGCACUGCCAUAUUAUAAUAUCGUAAAAUAAUCGUCGCGUGUGCAAGUGUAAUGGUCGUAUUUUGGUUUCGGGAUCGGGAGUAAAAUAAAUUCACUGCCACAAUAAUAAAUUUGUCAAAGGUGAGAUGUGAGGUGGCUGCGGCGAAUUCUCAAAGGUCGGGAUGUUUAAAAUAAGAAUAAAAUUUCCUUAUCAUCGGUCUGUUUAUGCUUAAGUUACCUGUGCUGUAUUGUCGUACGUAGUGAUGCAUUUUUUUCUUUUGUUUUUAAUUGUAAUAAAUUAAUUUUUUCCUGUAUCGCGACGAUGGAAGUCGAUGACUGGUACAUCGACCAAGUCGAAGAUACGCGUACAAUAUCGUAUCCUGGCCCAACAGAUACGAUAUACCUAUGUAGAUGCUUAAGGGAUGCGUUUAUAAAAAAAAAAAAUGAUUUCUUUUUUAGCGUAUUACCAAAUAGUGUUAUUGUGUAAUCUUUGUAUAUAUUUUUACUGCCAGAUUACUUUUUGUUAUUGCGGUUGAGAGAGAAUUGUACACUGUACAGAUGAGUUAGUGAUGCUGAUCGUGGUUCGAAAUAAUGUAUUAUCGUACCAUAUAGUUGAAGUGUACUGUACACUCACCAUUGUGUUCUAAAUAAUGAUGUUAUUUACUACUAUUUUCCACGAGAUCAUAUUCAAUGUCACCAUCCCUUUUUAUAAUUUCGUUUUUUUUCCUCUUUCCCCCCUAUUUUUUUUUUUUUGAGUUUCCUUUAUUAUUUCUUUUUUUUUUGUGGAGUGACCAAGAGAGUAGGUUUUUUCUUUUUCAUUUUUUCGCUUUGUAAACAUGUCUUUUUAUUAAGAUGUUGCAGUAUUGAUGUUCAUGUAAGUGUUGGACGUUGUUAUAAUAAAUAAUGAUUAAUUGAA